UGGGAAGCUUUUCAGGUGCAGUUCUGUACUCCCCCACUUAGCUUUUGUGUCCAAAUCCAUCUCUUUCUGCUUCACUCUCUCCCUCACAGUUUCCCAACCUCCUUCCGUUUCAUUGCUUUCAACGAAAUCUCUAUAAAUUGCAUGCCACUACAAACCAUUUUCCUUCAUCCGCUUCCAAAUCCCAUUUUUACAACCUUAAAAUCCCCCCUCCCUCCUCUCUCUUUCUCUCCUUGGCUUUGUGUGAAGAUGUUGGCAAUGGAAGAGCUUCUGUGUGAACUAACUUGUGAAGAUAUAAACGAGCAAGGGUUGCCUCCAGGGUUUAGAUUCCACCCAACAGAUGAAGAGCUUAUAACCUUCUAUCUCGCUUCAAAGGUGUUUAAUGGGAGUUUUUGCGGUGUAGAUAUUGCUGAGGUUGAUCUUAACAGAUGUGAACCCUGGGAGCUUCCAGAUGUAGCAAAGAUGGGAGAAAGAGAAUGGUACUUUUUUAGCUUGAGGGACAGGAAGUACCCAACAGGGCUGAGAACAAAUCGGGCCACCGGAGCUGGCUACUGGAAAGCCACAGGCAAAGAUAGAGAAGUAUACAGUGCCUCAACUGGUGCCUUGCUUGGCAUGAAAAAGACCCUUGUUUUUUACAAAGGCAGAGCUCCCAGAGGUGAAAAAACCAAGUGGGUGAUGCAUGAGUACCGCCUAGACGGUGACUUUUCCUACCGUCACUCGUGUAAGGAGGAAUGGGUGAUUUGUAGGAUACUUCACAAAAAAGGAGAGAAGAAAAAUGUGUUUCUCCAAGCUGGACAAGGCUAUCACCUCAUGGAAGCCUCUUCACCAGCAAAUUCAGGUUCAUUGCCUCCACUGCUUGAAGCAUCAGCAUCAAUAUUUGAUCAGUGUCAAUCCAAGAACACAGUUGUUGAGGCCUUCCAAAACGCUUUUCUGAUUCAUGAACACCAAGAAAAUGACCUCAAAAGCCUACUCAACCCACUUGUUUCCCAGUCCAAUGCCAUGUCAAUAAAUGGCUUCCAACCACGUUUUUCACCUACCUCCAUCUCCAUCAACAGCACCACCACAUCAACAAAUAAAAACACAGACACGAACACCAACAACCAGCAGUCACCAUCGAUGCUCUUCAAGUCCAUCCUCUCAUAUCAAGAUUGCGCAUUGAAGGAACAAUCCAGUACUCUUUACAAACAGUGCAACACUGAGGCCAACUUUUCCCAUUUUCAGCUACAUGAUGCUCACUUGGGUUGCGUGGAUAAGAUCGUUCACCCAAAUCCAUACCAAAAUAAUCCCUUGUUUUUUGAGAUGGAUUGUAGUAGUAACAUUUUGGGGCUCUCAGAAUCUGCUUCUGCUGCAGACACCAUAGCCCAUGACAUGUCCACUUCAAUUGCAUUUAGCAGAGCCGGCUUGCAGAUGAUGUUAGAUACUCCCAUCAGACUUCCUGCAGAAUCUUGGCCAUUUGAUCCUUAACGAUUUUCCAAGUCCCCAAAAACCAUUAUUGCUGCAAUCGAUCAUAUUAUAAUAUAUAUAUAUUAUAAACUUGCGAUCUUGAUGCUGUGUAGAUUUGUAGUGUAGCUCCUCUAGCCAUUGCGAUUGGCAAGUCCAUCCAUGCACGUAUCUAUGCAAAGA